CCAGACCAAAUCCAUUUGGAAUGCCUGGGAUGGUGCCACCAUAUGUUCCCCCUCAGAUGCUCAACAUUCCACAGACUUCUCUGCAAGCAAAACCCACGGCCCCACAGGUGCCCAGCCCAGGGGGUGCCCCAGGCCAGGGUCCAUACCCAUACAGCCUCACUGAGCCGGCCCUCACUCUGGAUACGAGUGGGAAGAGCAUGACGGAGCAGAACAGCUACAGCAACAUUCCUCAUGAGGGGAAGCACACGCCACUGUACGAGCGGUCCUCGCCCAUCAACCCGGCCCAGGGCGGCAGCCCCAAUCAUGUGGAUUCCACCUACUUCCCUGGUUCUUCUACAUCGUCAUCCUCAGAUAAUGACGAGGGCAGUGGAGGGGCGACCAACCACAUCACCGGGAACAAGAUUGGCUGGGAGAAGACCGGAAGCCACACGGAGCCACAGGUGCGGGGAGAUCCAGGAGACCAAGUGAAGGCAGAAGGUUCAUCCACUGCCUCCUCAGGAAGCCAGCUAGCUGAAGGGAAAGGAAGCCAGAUGGGCACUGUGCAGCCAAUCCCGUGCCUCCUGUCGAUGCCCACCAGGAACCACAUGGACAUCACCACACCUCCUCUGCCCCCUGUCGCACCUGAGGUUUUGAGAGUGGCCGAGCACAGGCACAAGAAGGGGCUGAUGUAUCCCUACAUCUUCCAUGUCCUAACGAAGGGUGAAAUCAAAAUUGCUGUUUCUAUUGAAGAUGAAGCCAACAAAGACCUGCCUCCGGCCGCCCUGCUCUAUAGGCCAGUUCGUCAGUAUGUUUACGGAGUCCUGUUUAGUUUGGCAGAAAGCAGAAAGAAAACUGAGAGACUUGCUUUUAGAAAGAACAGACUUCCACCAGAAUUCUCACCAGUGAUCAUUAAGGAAUGGGCAGCUUACAAGGGGAAGUCUCCUCAGACCCCAGAACUGGUAGAAGCCCUGGCUUUCCGGGAGUGGACCUGCCCCAACCUGAAGAGGCUUUGGCUGGGCAAGGCUGUGGAGGACAAGAACCGCAGGAUGAGGGCUUUCCUGGCCUGCAUGAGGUCUGACACCCCAGCCAUGCUCAACCCUGCCAAUGUGCCCACUCACCUCAUGGUGCUCUGCUGCGUCCUACGGUACAUGGUGCAGUGGCCAGGAGCUCGCAUUCUGCGGCGUCAGGAGCUGGACGCCUUCCUGGCUCAAGCUCUGUCCCCCAAACUCUACGAGCCGGACCAGCUACAGGAGCUCAAGAUUGAGAACCUAGACCCCCGAGGAAUUCAGUUAUCAGCCCUCUUCAUGAGUGGAGUAGACAUGGCAUUGUUUGCUAACGAUGCGUGCGGACAGCCCAUCCCCUGGGAACACUGCUGUCCUUGGAUGUAUUUUGAUGGAAAGCUCUUCCAGUCCAAACUCCUCAAAGCCAGCCGGGAAAAGACCCCACUCAUCGACCUCUGUGAUGGUCAGGCUGAGCAGGCUGCCAAGGUAGAGAAGAUGCGUCAGAGCGUCCUGGAGGGGCUCAACUUCUCCCGGCAGAACCACCCGCUCCCCUUCCCACCGCCUCCCGCUCUGCCCUUCUACCCUGCAUCUGUGUACCCACGGCACUUCGGGCCUGUCCCACCCUCGCAGGGCAGGGGCAGGGGCUUUGCAGGAGUCUGUGGCUUUGGAGGCCCCUAUGGGGAAACGGUAGCGACAGGCCCUUACCGUGCCUUCCGGGUGGCAGCAGCAUCGGGACACUGCGGAGCCUUCUCAGGCAGUGAGAGCGGCAGGACUAGCAAGUCCCAGGGCGGAGUCCAACCUAUACCUUCUCAGGGAGGGAAACUAGAAAUAGCUGGCACUGUGGUCGGUCACUGGGCCGGGAGCAGGCGGGGCCGUGGGGGCCGAGGGCCCUUCCCGCUGCAGGUGGUCUCUGUGGGAGGCCCAGCGAGAGGGCGCCCAAGGGGAGUUAUUUCUACCCCAGUGAUUAGAACUUUUGGAAGAGGUGGAAGGUACUAUGGCAGAGGCUAUAAAAGCCAGGGAGCAAUUCAGGGCAGACCUCCUUAUGCUGCUUCAGCAGAAGAAGUGGCCAAAGAACUGAAGUCGAAAUCCGGGGAAUCCAAGUCCUCUGCAGUGUCGUCAGACGGGUCCCUGGCUGAAAAUGGAGUGAUGGCCGAGGAGAAGCCGGUGCCCCAGCUGAAUGGGAAUGCAGGAGACACCAGGGCCCCCAGCCACUCCGAAAGUGCCUUGAACAAUGACUCUAAAAUGUGCAAUACAAAUCCUCAUUUAAAUGCACUAAGUACAGACAGCGCCUGCCGCAGGGAGGCUGCUCUGGAGGCAGCUGUCUUAAAUGAAGAAGAGUAAACUUAUUUUUAUAGAGGGUGAAGGAUGCUGGAAGGGUAAGGAUUUAGGAGUACCUGGAGAGAAAGAGAGCCUGCAGUUACGUACAUUUUGUCCUGUCCGUCAGAGAAAAGUGAGGACUUUGGAAAUUCAGAUCCCUCUUUGAUAUCAGAGAUUUAAACAACACAUUUUUAGUUUUAACCAGUUGUAGUCAAAAUGCUACAAUAAAACAAAAAAGAGAGAAAGGAAAUGAAGAGCAUUUGACUCCCGCACUUAAAAUGAAGUACACAUAAAGUUUAAACUGGUUAUGACAAAAGCCUAUAGUUGUGUUUCUUGAACAUAAAGAAAACAAAUUUUGGCAGUCUUUAAGUAUAUAUAGCUUAAAAUAUAAUUUUUAGCAUUUGGCACCAUAUGUAUGCCAUUAUAUUUGAUUUUGCAUUACUGUUUCACAAUGAAGCUUUCUUUAAGGCUUUGAUUUUUAUGAUUAUGAAAGAAAUAAGGCACAACCACAGUUUUUCUUUCUUACUUAAAUUUCAUCACUGUUGAUGUGGUUAUUUUGUGUUAAAAAAAAAGUGCAACUAUUGAAACUAAAAAAUUAUAGAGUAAUAUUGCCGUUCUGCUGAUUUUAAAUAUACAGUACAUCAUACAUACGUUACAAGCAAGUGACAUGGAGAUAGAGCUGAAAUCAUAGAAGGUGCAAAUGACCUUUCAAAAUCAACACAAUGUGUUCUGAAACUUUUUGUGACUAAUACCAUGCAUCUGUGAUCAAUGAACUAUGUGGUUUUGAAUCGGACGUAGACCAUUAGUACUACUACUUGAGCUAAACUUCUGCAUGGCUCCUGAUUUUUAAAGUGUGUAGUUAAUAUUAUGCAUGUCACUGUCCUUUCUUCCAUUCUUACCAGUAUGUGCCCAUUUGCAAAACAAAAGCUAAUAACCAGUAAUAGUCCUAUAAAAGAUGUUAACUGUUUAGUCAUUGAUCUUGCUCUAACCUUAAAAUUUUGUGAUUAUUGACCUCUGUUGCAUUUAUUCUAAAACCCCCCAAAAUUAUCUAGCUGUUUCAAAUAUCAACAUUACCCUGGUGUAUUCACUGCUGUAUGCAUUAUUGUUCUUUGUUGCUGUUUUAUGCCUUCAUAUUAGCAAAAUAUGAAAUUCUGUGAAGAAAAAAACCCUUUGAUCUUUAAAAAAAAAAAAAACAAACCACCCCCCCUUCUGUAGCAGGAAAAAAAAUUGCUUGUUCUUGAGAACUUUCCCAUGAAGAAUUUAGUAGAAGCAAGUAUACUUCUAUCAUUUUGAUGUUUUUGUUAAUGUUUCCAAACAAUGUACUUUGAAAUCAGAAUCACUUCUUAUCGUUUUCAUAUACUUCUGAUGCUCUUCAUCACAUUAGUGAUCAGAAAUGAGGUGUAAUUCCCCAACCCCUGCCCGCAAGAGCUGAGUAGGAUCUUACUGUAAGUUGAAGGGAGUUCUGCCCUAACUCAUGGAUUGUGAAGAAUGAACUGCUGUUGGGUCUGAUUGACUGUGGAUGGAUUUGUGGUGUGGCGUAUCCAGAGGCUAUUGAAUGCAACUUACAAUGCUUAAUAAAAAUCUUUAUUCUUUUAGUAUAAA